CAAACAUGAAACAACCAAAAAAGCAAAGUAUUGCCCUUCCCCUCCCCUUUCUUUCUCCUCUCUCCCUCCUUUCUUCCAGGAAACAACCAUAAACCCUACGAUACAAGCAAUAAAAUAAGCAACACAAAGAUCUCUCUCUCUCUAACUCUCUCUCAUCACAGAAGAACAACAAGACUUGCAAGAUUUAACCAUGGAUGGAUCGGAGUCGCCGUACCCGAAAGACGGCAGCUUCGGGAGAGUGACUUCAGGGUCAACCUCUACGACGACGACCACCAGCGUGCACGUGACCGCCCUGGACGGCCUCGUCAACGUCAACUCGCUCUUCACCAUCGCCGUCUUCGUGGGGCUCUCCCUCACCACCCCUAACCAGCGCAGCCUGGAGAACAACUCUGCCUGCGACGCCGGCCCCGACGUGGCCAGGAAGCUGCUGGUCUUCGAGGUUGUCUCCUUCAGCUUCUUCCUCUUCUCCUCCCUUGUCGCCCAGGGCCUGAAGCUCGCAAUCAACCUGCUCAACAGCAAGGACGUCGAUGAGGCCUUCCGCGCCCACAUCAACCUCAAAGUCCUCAGGCUCGGAAUGAUGGGCUCCGCUAUCGGAUCCGUCAUGGGUUGCUUGUUCCUCAUGCUUUCCAUGAUCAACGUCAUCCAGAUCCGGUUGGGAAUGUUGUCGUGCGGGAGUAAAUCCGCUGUCCAUGCGGUGGCGGCUCUGCUUAUCUUGGUUUCCUCUGCUCUUUUGGUUUAUAUUUCUACUGCCAUUUAUGCUUUUAUGCAAUGAUUUUGAAAUCUAACUCUAUAUUCUGAAAUCUAUAGACUAUAUAUAUAGCUCUGAGUGGUUUGGAUA